AUGUCAACUCCACCAUCCGAUGCUCUACUUAUUGCUUAUUUGAAGAAUGUGCUUGCACAAAUAAAUUUCUAUUUUGGAAUGUUUAUAUUUACUUUUGGUAUUGUUGGUAAUAUCCUGAAUAUUCUGAUCUUAUCUCAACGAUCUCUUCGUAAAAAUCCAUGUGUAAUAAUCUUUCUUGGAUCUUCAAUUGUGGGUAUUAUUGCAAUUGUAUCUGGUCUUGUUUCUCGAGUAUUGUCUGGUGUAACAGCUGAUUUAUCAGCAACAGUUAAUUGGAUUUGUAAACUCCGUGGCUUUAUUUUAUUCUCAUCACGAGCAGCUACAUUUUGGUUGAUUAUGUUCGCAAGUGUUGAUCGAUGGUUUCUAUCAUCUACGAAUGCUCUCCGUCGACAAAUGAGUUCAAUGAAAAAUUCUCUUAGAGGCAUAGGUAUCAUUACAAUCAUAUCAACUAUUAUACAUUCACAACUUUUCUAUUGCUAUGAAGCUAAUCGUGUUGGUACGCCAUUACAAUGUUUUACAAAAAAUACUCCAUGUCGACUAAUGAAUGAUUUAACAUUUGCAAUAAUUACUAUUCUAAUUCCUUUGAUAUUUCUUAUACUGUUUGGCUUGAUGACUAUAUCUAAUGUGCGGCAAACUCGAGGUCGUGUUGAAUCUGCAGUCCUAACUAUUGCAACGUUUACUACACGUGGGGUUACCACUCAAAGGCGUUCAAAGAAAGCAGAUCAACAUUUAUUUAAAAUGAUUUUUGCUCAAUCGGUUUGUUUCGGCUCAUUUACUUUACCACUUGCAAUUGAUAAACUUUACGGAACAUUAACAAAGGAUAUUCAAAAAUCUGCAUUGCAAACAACAAUUGAAGAUUUUAUCUAUCAAAUUGUUUUGAUUUCUACUUAUUUUCCAAUGGGAAUGCCAUUUUACAUUAAUACUCUUAGUGGUGGAAGCGUUUUUAGAAAAGCUACGUUUAAUUUGAAGAAACGAAUUAUUCGAAAACUCAUGUGUAAAUAA